AUGUCCGGCGCAGAAGUGCUUGCAGCGGUCGGCGCUACUUCUUCUGUGAUUACAAUCUGCGAGACCUGUGUGACAAUUGUCAGGUUUAUCCAGAAAUGCCACCCAUCAGAAACCACUGCCAGGCUGAAGCCCCAGAUUGAGCUACUAGCGCAAACCAUCACUCAACUGAAAUCUUUGAACCUGGGUUCAUCGGUGCCUGAUCUGAGUGCGGUGCUUAAUGGGUGUAAGAAGGAGCUUCAAAAGCUCAAUGGUCUCCUCGAAAAACACCAGCAAGCCUCUUCUACCACUUUACUACAACGAGCCCGGAAAUCUUUCAAAGUUCCAAUUUGGGAGGAAAGGAUCCGAGAGAUUUGGAUUGGCAUCCAGCAAUACCAGUCAACUAUCAGUCUUUACUUGGACCUCUACAACACUCAGCGACUUCUCAAUGCCCCAUACGCCGACCUUUGUCUGGUCAGUGCCCAUAUGCGGUCGAAAGGAUACACCCCCAGGCAAAUUUUCGAAGAGUUGGGAAGGUCCUCGAGCCUAGAUCAACUUGAUAACAGCAAAAGAAUGACCUCGCCAAUUAUCCUUACCUUGGAAGGUGUUAGAAGAGAAGACCCUCGUCUGAUUGAAUUUCUCCUGCAAAUGUCCUUCAUCUCUGUUCCUGCGGAGUUUCUGUUCCGAGACCAUUUUCUGGUGGCUCAAUCUCGCGACGAGCCGCUUCCCACGUUUUACCAACUAUUUAUUCGCGACAAGCAAUGGAGCUCCGAAAAUUUCUUCUACGCCGUCAUGCGCCUUGUCUCGUAUGCCCUAGUCAGAGAAGAAUUGAUCGCCGGCACCAGCCUCAGCCUUCAGUUAAUGUUUCAGAAGACAGCCAUCGUAGCUUCUCCCCUAACCACUCAUGACUGGGAGGAGCUUUCGUCUCACCUUCGACGGGUUUUUCGCGAGAACAUCCUGGAGGGCGUCCGACAGAGUAACGCCAUUAUCAGCGGCCCUGACAACGUGAGAAAGUACAGCGGUAUAUUAGAAGGUUACCAAACGGUCUUUGCUGCAUUCCUUGCCAUGUACAGCAACGAGGAGAAAGAGGCUCGGGAUCUACUUCAAGAGUCCCUCGGCCUGCAGUCAUCCUGGCUUGGAGAAUCAGCGUCCCUGACAUGUGCAACCAUGACAUGGCUAGUCUUACUAUAUCUGAAAAGUCUGUCCCUCGACGAAGCUGAAGUCAUGAUUAACCGACUCAAUACGGCCGAGUCUCAAGUGUCAAACAACAAGGAGGUUCCCCAAGUGAAUGUGCAAUUCCUGAAAGGCCAUUUACAAAUACGAAAGCAGAGCAUUGAUCACGCUGUAUCCAUUUUCAAGCGCUGCACAGACCUAUGCGCUACCAUCACUGGAAUUGCAUGUGUCAGUACUGCAUCUGCUCUUCUCAGUGGGGUGGAAGCUAUGUUGCUUCAAGGAAAUGCCGAAGAUGCCACCCAAGCCCUUUAUGACGCAGAACGUAUCGAGAAAGAGAUCGACAGUCCUCGCGCCCUUGCUAUUCGCAUCAAGUGGAAUCUGGCACGUCACAGCCUUCGUAUGGGGGAUUAUGUUCGCGCGAUCAGCUGCUACAAAGACCUCUGCGAGGAACAUGAAAGCAAUCACGACCAAGCGGGCUCACCCUUUCAUCGAUGGGAGUUUUUUUCACUGGGAGCUGGGCGAUGUAUACCUACACAUGGGUGA